ACAGCUGAUUGCAACUGAGUUACUUGCUUUCAGGAAGUUAGCACAGGCUGAUAAAAACAUUGCAUCCAAGGGUACAAGGAAGCAUAUCGCAACAUGGGGAGAGCAACAGCUUGGAUCUAUCCCUUUCUUUCAAUGGUUAUCAGUGACUUAAUUUACGGACAGAAUACAACAGUUACAUCAACUGCACCUACCACAACUACUCCUGUUGGAACAUCGGCAUCUCUACAAUCAACAACUACAACACCAGUCUUUACAACCACAUUGGGAGCAACAACAGCAGAGAGCUCCACUCAACCAUCGGCAACUGAAUCCACAACAACCUCAACAACAGGGAUCAGUUCCACAACAGCAGCAACAUCAACUGCUCUGACUACAGCUACUCCUGCUAGAUUGUUUACACCUGUACAGUCAACAACUACAACACCAAUAAUUCUAUUAGGAACAACAAAUGCAACAGAACCAACAACUACAGAGAACUCUACUCAGCCAUCAAGCACCUCAGCAACUAAAUCCACAACAUUCUCAACAACAGGAACUGGUUCAUCAACAGCAGAAAUUACUACAUCAACUGCUGCAACUAAUACUACUCCUCCUGGGACAAAUUCAUCUGAAGAAUUUACAAUAACAAUCCCAAACCUUGCAUCCAUUUCAGGAGCAACAAGCACAAGAGAACUAACUACUCCUGAGAGCUCCACUAAACUACCAACAAAUGAAGCAGUAACUGCCUCAACAACAGGGCUCAGUUCACCAACAAGAAUUACUACAUCAACUGCUACAAUUACAACAACACUUGCUGAGACAUUCUCUAUAACUCUACAAACAACUGCAACACCAAUCUUUCCAUCCACAACAGCACCAGCAAGUACACCAGAACCAGCGAUUGCAGAGAGUUCCAAUCAGCUGUUAACAAGUCAAUUCACGGCAACAACCUCAACAACAGGAAUCAGUUUAUCACCAGCAGGAAUUAGUAAUGCAGCCAUUUCAAACAGUGCAAUAACAACAAAAAUGUCUUCCUCUGAAUCAUCAACAACUUCAUCACAAGCACCUGAACCACCUUCGUCCAUACUAGUACUAACAACUACACAGAGCAGAACUCAGCCAUUGACAACUCAGAACAUGAUAACCUCAACAACUACUGUCAGUUCCACAAUAAAAGCAAAACGCAAAAUUAUCCUAAGGCUUACUGUCACAAGUGAUGAUGUGAAUUUGGCUGAUCAACUAACAAGAGAGAGAGUUUAUCAAUAUCUUCAAGCUAACCUAUUAGGAACUUCAAGCUAGCAGCAGGAGCAUUGGGAAAGGAGAGACCAUCAGCUGAGAAAAAUACACUCCAUGUCUCAAUUUGAAUAACUGUGUGAUCUUCGUUAUCCUUAAAGUAGAACAAGAUUUUAAUAUUAAGUUUAUAUUGAGCUCCCUUCCUAUGAUCUCUACUACCUAAAAUCUAAUUGUGUAGUUGCUGAUUCAUCAAUCUGAAUGGAAAUUACAAUACACCAGGUAAAUUAACAUUUCCACUAAGUAUGUGCAUGAAUCUUUUUAAAGUUGGCACACUUGUUAACUUAAUAAAACUACUGUAAUGAUAGAAUAUUUGAAUGGCUACUCCAAGCAAUUUUAGCACAGUUACUCAGAAACAACUGGAGGUAGAUUUUCAACUUAUUACCUGGUUGUAAAACAGCCAUUGUAGGAUGGCCACUUAUUAGAGAAAGAAACCACCUGAUUUCCAAUAAAUGCAAUGAGAUUACACAA